AUGAAGAAAAACCCCGAGAAGCAGAUCUCUCGCGAAACUGCGAAACAUAUAUCCAUGGUCAAAAAGCCACGAGAAAAGACCAGCAUACAAACCGAAGCAGCCCUUUUCGCAUCGACAUCCAUUCUACGCUUUCAUGGCCAAUUGGUUAUCCAGCCCAGGGAGGCAACUAUUUUAAAAGCGAUAGAAAUGUUUCAUUAUUACUGGCAUCUUCGACAGAUAGCCUUCUAUACUGAUGGUGCUGCUCAUAUUCGAGAGAGUGAACAGGAUCCUGUUCACCAGGUUUCCCCCAAAGAGCUACAAUACCAAUCUCGUGAUCCUCCUCUUCGUCGGAAAAAGGUCAAGCUAACUGCCGCGGUUGCAUAUAAAGCUACAGAAAGCAAUGAGUGGAUAGUGAAGGCUUUUACAGUACCUCCAGGAGGCAACUAUUAUCUUGAGGCUGAAUAGGCUGGUAUUGCAGGCGCUUUAGCAAUUACAAUAUCAAAAAUAAGAAACUCAAUGACAAAGGCUUCGAUUACUUCACACAAAGCCGUUAUUUUAACCGACUGCCAGGCUGCUAUUCAUCGGCUUCAAUUCCGAGGCGCGGCGAACAGCAAAAAGCGAUAUAAAGGUCUACGAUCGGGAACUU